AUGUCGCACGACGGCUGCCACGAGGUGGCCUGGAAGGGAAAGGCCUUCUCAUACCUGAUGCAUCAUCCGAAUUUUCACUCAACUGAAAAUUACGGCUCUGCGCGUGAAGCAGCAGCGUCCUUAAUGCCAUGCAUCCCAAUUUUCCCCUUCCCGAAUUCUGUAUGCCUUGAAUAUCUUUUAGGAACUUCUGCUGGACAUGGCCAUGGCCACGGUUAUGGCCGCCAGCCGUUGCCAUCGGAACAGACAGGGAGCGACGUCCAUUCCAGGGCGGGAACUGGCACAUGGAACGGCCCGGCACCCCGGGGAAUGCAGGGGGCCACACGUCAGGCCGCCUCCAGCGCGACAGUCUCCGAGCAGCAACCCGAUAGCGUACGACUUAGCAACGGCGUACGGCUGCCGCUUAUCGGGCUGGGUACGGCAGCGAUCAAGGACCCUGAGGUCAUCAAAACGGCUUUGCAGCUGGGUUAUCGCCACAUAGAUUGCGCCUGGUUCUACGGCAACGAAGAGCUGCCUCCCGAUGGGAAGAAGAGUACGGCCACCAAGGCUGUGCUCAGCCCUAAGUGUGUUGUGGGUCAGGGUAUGUCGGAGUUCAUAUCCUCCAGGGAGGGGGCGCGCGGGGAGCUGUUUGUGGUGUCCAAGCUGGAGGACCUCCUAGCGGUUUGUCGUAUCCGCCCCCAAGUCAACCAGGUGGAGCUGCACCCCAUGUGCGCACAGAGGAAGCUGGUGGGGGGUUUGGUGAAAACCAAUGAGCUGCUCACGCACCGGGUGGUCGCCCGGGUGGCGCAAGAGGCCGCCAAAACACCGGCACAGGUGCUCAUAAAGUGGAACAUUCAGAGAGGGGUGCCGGUCGUCGCCAAGACCGCAAACACCGACCGCCUGGCCGAGAACCUCGUGGGAAUGUACGACUGGAAAUUGUCGUACGACCAGAAGGCGGCAUUGGACGAGCUGGAUUCGGGCACUCGCUUUAUUGAUUUUGACUGGAAGGUCUGGGGGAAUCCCGAAGAUGGCGGUGUGGCUAAGCCCAGUAAUAUCCUGAAGGCUCUGUGA